AUUAAGUUCACUGAUGAAGGAGAUGUCGAACUAAUUACUGUCGAAUUAACUGAUGAAAUUGAGUCUAUACAAGAUAAUAAAAAAAAGAUUUCAUUGUCAUCCGAAAGUGAGGUUAGAGAUAGUGAUGAAUAUAAUUCAGAAUUAGAAAAAAUUAAGUUUCGAAUAGAAGUAACUGAUACUGGACCCGGAAUUGAUCCUGAUUUUAUGUGUCAUAUGUGUCGACCGUUUUCUCAGGAAGACUCAUCUUUGCGUAGAAAAUUUGAGGGAACAGGACUAGGUCUUAGUAUCGUUAAAGAAGUUGAAUCAAAUGUUGGAGAAGGCAGUAAAUUCUCUUUUAUUCUAGAACUUCCUUUAUCUCAAAGAUGGGAUUCCCUUGUCCCUUGCCAAUUCCCAUUUGAUCAUCAAUUUCUACUACUUUCCUACGAAAAACAAUCACAAUUGAUAUCUUAUUCACAGUCUUUAUCCUUUGCUGUACUGAAAUCCGAAAAUACUGAAUUUCUGCGACGAAUAACACAUUAUUUGGAUCAAUGGGAAUUUAAAUAUCGAUUAAUAAAAAAGGAAGAAUUGAAGGCUGAGUUUGAGAAAGAGCAUGUGGACGUUGUGAUUUUAAAUGAUAGUCUUAGUGAUUUGGAGUGGUUUUUGGACGAGUUUGUACAAUGUUAUAAACCUGUGAAAGGUAUUAAGGAAGGAGGUGACGAAAAUGUAGGGCGAGAACAUAAGGAUGAGAAGAAACAACGAAUAGUGUUCUUUUCAACGAUUGAAGAUUAUCAAAAUGCGGAGAAUAUAUUACAAAAGUAUAAAGUCCGAUUUGCUCCAGCUGGUCCAGUAAAAAUUUUAACGGCCAUAACAAAAGUGAUAGAAUCCUUACUUUCUCCCACAUCCGAAAAUGUAUGCGUGAUAAAAGAAGAACCUGCUGUAUGUAAUUACGUUCAGACACAAGAAACAUGUCUAGGAAGUGAACUAUUAUUUUCACCAAGUAUGUACGGAUCAGCGGCUGAUAUGACUGAAGAGUUUCCGAUCGGUGUUACCGAAAAAGCUAUAGCGGCCUCGGUUUCUAGUGUGGGUGAUGUUACUACGAGCACGGAACAUACUGAAGUAAAAUCGAUUAAAGAACAACUCUCAGAAGUUGAGGAAAUUUAUGAAAAGACGCUUUUAAAAAAAGGCAAAGAGAAAGAAACUGAAGAGAACAAGUCUCUGAAGGAUAUAUCUUUCCUUGUCGUUGAGGAUAACAAG